AUGUCUAGCCGCAGUCUUCACAAAUCUCGACUCUCUCCGCAAAGUGAUUAUCUCCCGCUCCUCGACGCUACUUUCACACUAGAUGCCCCUCUAAUGGACAUACUGCGAUCAAAAUCUCCGGCAUAUCUCCAGGGGAAAAAUCCAUACGGGGAUGUGCUAUUAAAACAGCCUACGACACCUUUGCAUGCAACCAUGCCAACCAAGUCGUCAGCCGGCAACACUUACGAAUGGGUUGAGACAUCUGGCCCUACUAGAUUUACUGCUCGACCAAAAAGGCGUGACCCGGGAGGGGGCCAACUCACAUCGGUAAGCCCACUGGCACUUCAACAGCUAGGAGUGCAACCCAGGGUAGGGCUUGUCAGGACAACAACGGAUUUUUUUGAGAACAAGGCUUCGGGGGCACAGCAACACAAAGGGUCACAUAUACCGAAGAAAAGAAAAGUCGGGCUCGGCGAUCAAAACGGGCCACAGAAGGGAAGGCGGUCGCCGCACCAUUCGGCUCGCUCAAGGGAAGAGUUUAGAGCACCAUACCCUCGCCAAAAUGUGGCAAUGGCGAAUAGCAACGCUCGACCACAAGGAAGCGACUUCACCUGGACCCUGUACCCAGAUCGAUACUGUGAGGAGUAUCCCAAUGAAGCUCAGUCUGAUAUUCAAGUUGUCACCGCGUCCGCCCAAGAAGAAACGGGAGGCCGCCGGCAUUCCUACCCUAAACUUGUGAGAAGCCAGUGUAUGCCGACGUUGGAAUUAGCUGCUAAAGCCUUUCCACAUCUAGCCCAAUGCCACUUCAAAGACGAAAGUCAGGGACCUGAUUGCUGUUUUCGAAGGGCCGCAUUCAAGAUGAUGCUGCUUCCUUUUGGCACCAAUUAUCCUCGGGCCAGGCAGUGUACCCGAGAAGGAAAUUUACAUCGCUUCGGAACACGUAGUGGUGUUCCUGGUAACAUCGCCAAUCUCGAUGGACUCAACGAAGGUGAUGCCAAGUUCCGCCAAUCCUCUAGAAUCCCCGAAAAUCCAUCAUUGGUUUCCGAGAGUAGCAUUUGCCUGGAUGAGUUUGAGGUUCCUGCUGACCUUGAAAACCGCACCGCCUACGGCCGACGGAGAACAUUGGAUUUUGGCUUUCCCGGAGCACGGAAAGCCACUCCGCUCAAGGCGUCGUUCAAGGAGGCGUAUGCACACAGCGCCUCUGCAAAAACCAGCAAUUGCUCACUAGGCAUGUCCGCUCAAGGCAUGGACGCUCCCGGGGACGAGUCUGAAGAGAGCAUAGGGAAGCAAUCUAGCGAUUUGUUAGGCCUAGACCUUGAGUCUCUUCUUGAUAUCCUCCUCACUAGGAAUGGAAAUGUUGUGAUCAAUAGCCUAGCUUCCAAUAAUGGAGCCACUGCGACCCCUACCCAGACUGAGCAGAGCCAUUGUCUGGGAGCGUGGCCAGAACGGCAAAUUGUUACACCCAAGAGGUCUCACAGCGCUCCGAUAUCAAAGUUAGAUACCGCAUUGAUCGAAAGACUGGUUGGUUACGUUGAAUUUGCUGCAUAUGAAAUGGGAUUACAUCUUGAGAAUGGGCCAAGCUCGGUAGAUGAUGAGAAAUUCAGAGAUGCCCCGGUCGACGACGACCUGUAA